AUGGGUGAGUGCGUCACCCUUUUUUUCUAAGAGCUGUCACUGUAAUAGAAGGCCACCCGAUACCGGUAAUUCAAGACGGCAUAUCUCAGCUAUCGGUAGAGGUAUCAAAAAGUGGUCAACUAAUAAACUGUACAUAAUUUCUUAAUGAUCAUUUUAUUAGUUGACUACUUUUUGAUACCUCUACCGGCAGCUGAAAGAUACGGUCUUGAGUGAGCGGUAUCCGCUAAGGUGCCAAUAAAUAAAGAGAACGAUUAAAUAAACACAUUUCAAAUGUAACGCUUUUUCAGGCCUACUUCGGACUGCAACUUUUUCAGCAAAAUCUAGUUUUUAGGUGUUGUACUCGACACGAACGGACCGAUCUGGAGGAAUUCACGACGGUUUGCAUUGACCGAAUUGAGGAACUGUGAAAUUUUUGUGAAAUUUGUGAAAUUAUCUGAUGCAGCAAAAGAUAUUGUAGAUUUGUGAUAUAGCCGAUGGAUCACUCUGUUGUUUUUCAGAUCCUUCUAGAAGUGGACUCGACUGUGGGGACCGAGAUAAAUUUGACAAAGUUUAUCGUUUCGAAGUGUCGGAAAUGUUUUCAAUAUAGAACAUUGAAAUGAUUGAAACUGCCGACGAUGAUUCAGAAGAAUGAUUUGUUGAUGAAAUUGACGAAUUCGUAUACAAACACCCAAAAAAAGAUGAUGAUAUCGUCGAAAAAGUCUUCUGACUUUGAAAUGAUAAGAUUGCGGGCCAGUAUUUCAACAGACAAAACCCAAACAUUCGCUCGUUUUCCUAUGUGUCAAAUGUCAAAAUUUCUACUAUUUUUGACCGCUUUGAGCUCUACUAAUGCUCUUUUCGGGUUUGGAGGCUCCAAAACGACUACCACCCCCGCACCGGUAACUUUUUUUUUUUUUGAAGGCAAUUUAUAUUUGCUACCGGAAGAGAUAUCAAAAAGUGAUAAACUUGUAAAAUGUACACCACUUCUUAUUGAUCAUUUUAUUAGUUGACAACUUUUUGAUAGCUCUAUCUAUCGGCAGCUGAGAUAAAUUGUUUUCGCACCAGAUUUUACGGCAUAUCGCACAAUAAGCCAAAAAAAAAAACACAGAAACACCUUUAGAAACCAUCUCUGGGCGCGGAAAUUCGCAUCCCACUCGCCGAUGAAGACGUUUCCACCGGAGAAGUCGUGAUUCCAUUCAAUAAUCCGAGCACCACGACCACUAAAAAGACAACGCCCUCCCCGAAAACCAAUAUACCAGUUUUGACCGUCGGCGGAAUCGGCCUCGAACGGAAAACUACGGUAGACGUGCGGGCGUUCACCACAACCACAAUUAAUCCAAAGUUCACCGCGGCUACAAGGUGAGUGUUGACCCGCGAGUCGAUUCUAGAGUUUGAAAAUUAAAAGUUCAUGCGAUUUACUGCAUUUUUGCAGUUGACAACAUUUUUCUAGAACCACUUACUAGAGUGCUAUAGCUUUCAAAAGUCAACGUGUAAUUUUAACUAUUGUCAACUUCUAAGAGCUGCAGUAUAUUUUCACGAGUGAAUGUAGAAAAAAAGUGUAAAUUGUAAAAGUCCAGGGCUAAACAAGGAAACGAGUUGACAUCACCUGCAAAAAUACAAAGCUAGACUUUACCUUUUCACCAAAACUAUUUUUAAGACUCUAGGACUACUUUAAAACCGACAAUAUCACUUCGAAGUUUUCCACUUUUCAGACGACUACCCUCUUCGGAUCGUGAUCCAUCGUCCGGUUGUCCGAAUCGCAUUGACGCCUAUACAUUCGGACCUGAAAACCAAGACUACGCAUUUUAUGAGCAUACAGUAUUUACCAUAAAAAACAACCGAAUCACUGAUCGAACGAGUUUGGAGCACGAGUUUCCGGGAGGUCCAAGCCUUGUGAACGGAGCACUCUACGAUCCGGAUCGCGAGAUUUUGUGGUUGAUUUCCGAGAGAAGUGUGUACGGAUUCAAGAAGGACGACGACAAUGGUUGGAAACUACAGUCCGUGUUCCCCAAGACACUUCCCUCUUCGAUCUCUUUCACUCCGGACGCGGCGAUCAGGUGGCACAAUAAGCAUCAGGUGCUGCUUUCUGUAAGUGCAUAAUAUCUUCUUUUUUUUGGAUAUUGUAUGUCUAAAAUUUUCAGAACGGCGGAAAGUUCGCGUUGUACGACGAAUAUUGGAACAAAUCGUUGCUCUCCGGAAGGACGGAAAACUAUUUUGAGGUUGGUUCCCGCAAAAUGUCGUGAGAUAUGGAUAAUUGUCCGUAAAGAGAAACCAGAUCUCACGGCAAUUUACAAUUUACACUAAGAUGCACUAAAAUCGCGUUAAAAGCGCAAAAAAUGGAGCUACCCGUUCAAAUUUGUGGAUUUUGUACCUAAAAAAGAGUUAAUUUGUGAAACAAACAACCAAAUUUGCAGAAUCUUCCGGACCGAGUACGUGGCAUUUCCGCGUGGGACAACGUCUCGGCGCACGUCUUCACGCAAUCGCUCGUCUUCGAAUACGAUGCGGAAAAGAAGAAAGUGAUCGGCGACGGAGUGGCACUUGGCGAUUUUUGGAGAUGUUAGCCAUUUCACUGAAAUUCGUAUAACUAUUGAAAACAAACGGUUUUCUUUUUCUCUACUUUUGCAAAAAUGGUGUCACAUGAAAAAAAAAUUGCCUUGACGUCUCAUUUUUAUGAGGUGAUAAAUGUUUUGGGUGGGUAAAUAGGUUAGCAUCUGAUAUAAUUGGUUUCGAUAAAUCAUUGGGAAUUUACGUGAAUUCCAUAGACUUACUAAAAUUGCGGCUGUUUUCUCUUUGCACUGCUGUUUAGAAACUAGAUUAUAACUCAAGAAUGACAAGUUUCCGCAUAAAAUGAUCAACUACAAAGUUGCUGUGCGCAAAAUGUGCAACAACUUUUUAGUUGACCACUUUUUGAAAUAUUGAUUGGUUCUCGAGAUAGAAGUGUCCAAAGAUGAGCAAUUGUUAAAGUAGGGCGACAAUGGUAUUGAAGACCAAUUUUUAGUGAAACAGUUUCUACAAAAACGCAAAAAGCACCAAAAAUCCAAGUACAUACUCUCCCCGCGCCAACGUACUUCUUAACCUUUUCUUUUCCUUUCCUCUCAUUCAUUUAUUUCACCCCCUCCCCUCAUUCGGUGUCAGUAGGUGAAGGACUUUUUGUCUUUUCUCUUCUUCUUCUUCUUUUUCUUCUUCCUCUUCUUCUUCUUCUUCUUCUUGUUGAUCCCCCUGUCUUCCGAAAGCGAAGGGGGGGAGGGGAGAAGGCGAAAAGUUGUCUGUGUUUGGACAUUUAUUCGCCGGAUGACCCACUUGAUUUGGAUUUGCGCGCGCGGGGACGCAAAAAGAAAGCAAGGAAUGGAUAUUACCCAUCCCCCAGGAUGGCUUAUCUUGUGACACGAUCCCCCCAAGAAUUUUUGUGUGUGCGCAACAUUUGGAAAAUCGGCAAAAAGAUUGUCAAAUUGAAGGGACAGCCCCCCGAAACGAUUAACUUUUCCUAAACAUCACUAGAGUGUUGCCACGACACUUUUGAUUUUCGAGUGAAAAAAUUGCAAUAUACAUGGGUUUUUUCAGGCUUUCCCCACGAUUUCCGAUGGUGAUUCUUCAAGAAUUCUCGUUUUUUUUUGUCAGAUUCCUUAUCCGAAUUACCGUAUCACAUUAGUGACUGGAACAUCCCCUUUUCUCCCAAACUACGGAUAUAUCAUGCUUCUUCUUCUUCUUGGGCGAUUCGAAAAGUGAAAAUGAGAAAAUGUGAAAAGAUACAUGACCCGAUUGGAUCGGAGAAGCGGCCGGCGGCGUGUGAUGCUAAAUGAGCCAAAACCGUCCGUGUCCGAAAAGGAAAAAGGAUUUUAUGCGCACAAUUUCUUCGUGCGGGGGUGUGUGACAACCGGAACAAUACCGCCGACACUUUCACCGCCGAUACCACUUUUUCACGUUCCCCCUUUCUUCCUCUUUUGGAGAAUCUCUUGAAUCCACAAUAGCCGUUUUCUCCUUUUUCCCUCACACACACACACACUUUUUUAUGGGAUAAUAUCCGUUUUCAUCUAUUCCAUUGAUGGAUUCUCGAGGUUUUCCCAUCAGUUACCGGUUUUUUUUUCGGUGGGUGGAACACUUUUAUGGGUGCUUUGAGAAUCACCUUGAAAUGAGUAAUAGCUUUCAAUUGGCACGGCUCAUGGUGCAUAGUAAUUUGAACAACUUGGACGUUUUGCCUUGUAACUCAAAAGAGACAUGUUUUAUAGCGAAAUGAUCAACUAAGAAUUUGUAGAGCAUAACAUUUUGUACAGCUUUGUAGUGCUUCACUUUUUUCUAGAUUCACUGAUUCUCAAGAUAUAGACUAAUGAAGUUGAGGUUAGCAAAAAUCGUAGCAAAAGUCGCCUCGGCCAUAAUCAGUAUUUAUUCGAAUAAUUUGCAUUCUUUGAAUUAUAACUCAAACGGGGAAAGUUUUGAAGAAAAAUGAUCAACUACAAAUUUGUUCAUCUUGAAAAUUACUACAAUGUUUCAGUUGGUCCCUUCCGGCUAGCUUCACCAGCUCUCCAGAUACACUUUUCCAAAGUCUACCUCUCAAAAAAGUGUGUCUACGGCCUGCUGGUGAAUAGUGUCGGGAUGACCCCAUCUUGCGCAACAUUCUUCUCUUUCUCUCUCUCUCUUUCUUUUCUCCCAAAUGUACUCUCGUUUUCACUUCUUCUCCGGUACUACUGACACGGAUCGUCGAAUGAUAGGGGGGGGGUCUGAAGGCCUCCUCCUGCCCCCACUCCUCAUCGGUAUUCCUUCUCGAUGGUUGGCCUAAAUUGGGCCCGGUGAUGCCCUCCUUUUUUCGGGUAACACACACAGCAUUCGCUUCUUCUUCUUCUUCUUUUCCUGAUAUCUUCUUUUCACUUUUUUCGCUCACAAUCCGCACACAAUCAGAUCUCCGCCCCCUAUGGUAGGGUGGUACUAACAUUCUCCGUAUCUUUUGCGCGACAAUGUCAGGUCAUUGUUGCUUCUCUUUUUCUGGACACACAGUUUAAAUCAUCGCGUGCCUAAAGGGAGCGGGUACUGUAGCAUUUUUGUACUUCAUACCUCUCAUUGUGUUGUUUCUAUUAACUUCCUCCUGGCUUCCUAGUAUGCAACUUCGUUCAAAACGCAAUAUCUCAGUUGUCAGUAGAGAUAUCAAAAAGUUGUUAACUAAUAAAUUGUUUAUUGAGAGAUGUUGUGAAUUUUAUCGAUUGGCCACUUUUUGAUACCUCUACAAACAGCUGAGAUAUAAUGCACUGAAUAAACGGUAUUGUGGUGCCCAGAAUUUACGGUAACCCCUGUUGAAAGGUUUUUAAACCGAUAUAUCUCAGCUAUCAAUCAAGAAAUUCUGUACAUUUCAUAAGUUGCCACUUUUUGAUAUCUCUACUAACAACUGAGCACUGUCUCAGUUGCAAAACGUCCAAACGUUGUUCAAAUAGUGGUAGAGGUGUUUCGGGUGAAACAAGCCAGUUAGCCGCCACUUCUCCGUAAACUCAUUAUUAUUAUUAUUAUUAUUAUAGUACCCCCUCUCAUGAAAUCCGUUAACUUUCGCGCUUCUUAUUAUUACCCAGAACCCCCACCCCCAAAAUGUACACACACACACACAUCUAACCUACAUUUUUGAGAGAUAUUGUCGAUUCGAGAUUCCAGAUAACCUCCUAGGGUGCCGGGGUGCGCGUUUCCAAGUAACUCAAGGUCAAUCACAAUAAAUAGUAGUCAGGAAGAAGAAGAAGAAGAGUGAUGCAUAUCUUAUCCCGACCGAGAUCCCGCGCCGUCGUGGGCAGUAAGGGACAGAAGAAGAAGAAGAAGUAGUUUGAGUCUUAUUAUUAUUACUCGUGUACGUUUAUUAGUAGUAUUAUACUUCUUCUUCUUCUUCUUUUACUAGGAAUUCAAAUACCAAAUUCCAUAAUUUGCCUGUAAAUUUCGAUUUUAAAGCGAUUCCUCGAUUUUAUGAAGGGCAGUAGAAGCGCACCCCAAAACCGUUUAUUCAUGACAAUAUAUCUCAGCUGGCAGUGGAGACAUCAAAAAGUGUUCAACUGAUGAAUUGUUCAUUACAAAAUUCUGUACAUUUUAUUAGUUGACAUCUUUUUGAUAUCCUUACCGGCAGUUGAGAUACAUUGUCGUGAAUAGCCUUUAUUAGAGUAUUAUUCUAUUACAGUGAUCUUCUGACCUACAAUAUUCAAUUUUAGGACUUUUCAAGAGGUUUUUCGUCAAUUUGCACGUAGCUAAAAACUUUUUUUUUAAAUAAAAAUGACGCAAGUGGUAUUUUUUGCGGUUUUGAGACCUCAAAAACACCACCAAUCAAACGGCUCAGGACACUUUUUGGCAAAAUUCUCAGCUACCACUAGAGAUAUCAAAAAGUGGUCAACUAUAAAACGUACACAAUUUUUUAAUAAACAAAUUUUUAGUUGACAACUCGCUGAUAUCUUUACUACCAGCAAAGAUAUGUCGUUUUGAAAGUACACGUCUGUUUUUCUAUUACAGUAACUAGCACUUCCAGUUCCAAACCGCUGUAUACAAUCUCACAUCGUCAGCUUUCUUUCAACUAUUAUCCGUUUUCACAACUGAGACCCACCCAUCAUCAUCAUCAUCAUCAUCUCCUCCCCAGUUCCCGAUGCCACUCAUCCCGAACAAUCGUAGGAAUGGGGAGGAGAUGUCAUUGCGAGAAGAAGAAGAGAGAGAGAGAGAGAGAUACGACAAAAAACUUGCUAGAUGUGAAUCAUCGCUUAUAAAGUUCAGAACAAAGCCACCGCAUUCCGUGGUCGCCGUCACUUUUCUUCUCGGAAGGGAGGAUUCGGACAUUCUCUCACUUUCACCCCCCUCUAUUUACUCGGCCUACUUUUGAUCAAUCGCGUCACGAAUGUUUCAUUUCUAAUUUUCCUUUUCCUUUUCUAAACUUUCUCCUUUUCAGGCACAAACCUACACAGAAGCAAUGCGCCUGUGCGUAUUGCUCUUAGCUGCCUUUGCGGCGGUCACAACAGGUUAGUUUGUGAUGGAUUACUGUAGAGUACCUUUUGUAAGGGUUGUAGGGUUGAUCUGACUCUCAUAGGCUCUAGGUUUCUGAAAAUUACAGCACUUUUUCUGAAAAAAGAUAUGUCAGUUUGGAGAGCACGCGUUACUGUAGGGUCAUUGUGCUUUUGUGGCUCAACUGAGCUCAGUAGCUCAAUUUUUGCAAAAAGUAUUUUUUUUGUGAGGGUUAUAGGGUUAUAUAUUUAUUUUUUGAAUGAUUUUUUGAAGAACAACGCCGCUUAGAAAAGUGGAGAAAAUGGGUUAAGGAUAAGGUAUUUGUUUAACGGAAUAGAACUAAUCUAUGACCUAAACAAUUCAGAGUAGUAUUUAUUGGUAAAAAAAAACAAGGGGUUCCAGAAGUUACAGUACUUUACUUUACACUCUUCUUUCAGCCGUCGAUCCAUGCAAACGCCAGCCGUUUCACGGCCGGUGCCCUUCACAAAACGGCGAGACGCCCAAGCGAUCCCAAUUCGUCCUCAGAUACUACUUGAGGAACGGAGAAUGCGUCAGCUACCCAUACGGUUGGUCCAUAUCGUCAUGAAAAAGAAACGUUUUAAUCAACUUACAGGACAUUGUGCGAGUGACCCGUCGGAGCCGACGUUGUACCGGUACAAGGAGGAGUGCGAGGAUGCGUGCAUCAGCAACGUUCCGGCCAAUUUGGGAGUGCCGAAGAGCACGACGGAAGACUAUCAAAAGGUUGGGAACGUGGUGAUGAUUCUGAAAUGAUUUUGGUGUAACUUCACUUUUAACUUUUUUUUUCUUCAUUUGCAUGUCACCCCCUACACCCACUAAAUACUUUAGGAAAUCUUGGCGAAAGAGGUCAAGAGAGUUGAAUUCUAUGCCACGUCGACUUAUGAGGCACCGAGUAGCACCACGUCACCGACCACUAGCACCUCAACAGAAGAUCCCCAACCGUUCGAGUUCCACGAGGAAUUGGGACAGGAGCAGACGACGGUAACCCAAACCCAGAAGUCAGAAGACAAAGUUAAUACGGAGAUGCCGUUCAACUUUAACGAGCACGAGGUUGAGCAUGAGCGUACUACCACUACCACUACCACUACCACUACUGCCACUACUAGAACUUCUGUAGUGCCAACCACUACUACAUCACAGGUUCCGACCACUACGACCGAAGAGCCGACAACCGCUUCCGAGGAUCCGAUCACUACCACCACCGAAGAGCCAACCACCGCCACUGAACGCAUGUCGACCACAACCACAACUACAACUACAACCACAAGUGCCCCAACCACUACUACAACAACUCGUCGUCAGACCACCACCACGGAAGCUCCAACCACUACCACUUCCGAAGUUCCAACUACUCCCACUCCGCGUACCGAAUGCGAACGUCGUCGCGCUUCUGCUGCCACGUCAUCGAUCCGGGGAAGCUUUGUCCCCGUCUGCACGUCUUCCGGAGACUUUGAGCGAGUUCAGUGCGAGACCGACGGACGUCAGUGCUUCUGUGUGGACGGUCAUGGAAUCGAGGUGCCGAACAGUCGGACCAGGGAUGGAUCGAGACCUGAUUGCUACAGUAAGUCUUGAAGAUUUUUUAUCUGACUCCCGUACAUUUCGAAACCACGUACUAGGAGACACGAAUAGUGGAGAGAAUAGACCUAGUCUCAAAAUUUUGGUUACAAAAUGUCUGGUUUCGAAAUGUCCGACGGCGACGUCCUGAUACCCACGUGAACUUUGAUAGUACAAACUAUCGCCAAGUAGUACACGUUAGUUGCAAAACGUGGCGAUUUCGAAAUGUCCGGGAGUCCUUCGUUUCUUUACAUUACCUCGAGCAUUUCAGGCAUUCAAACGUCUCGCCAGGCGACCACCAAAGAAUGCGUGGGCGUCAGCGCGGCCGGACCUUGCCACGGCACUUUCCAGCGUUACUUCUACAACGAGGACAGCCAAAAGUGCGAGCACUUCACGUACUCCGGAUGCGGCGGCAACGGAAACAACUACGAAUCGAGAGAAGCGUGCGAGGAGAGAUGCGCUCCACCGCCAGUCGGACUGCCAAAGUGCGAAAUUGUACGGUUUCUAGCGGGGGGGCAAAUGAUCGAAAUAUGGGAACAUUUUUGUUUUGCAGGGAGAGCCACUCAAGACCAAGAUCGGAGUGCCGGUGAACUGCGCCAAGACGGACUGUCCAUCGGGAUACAGAUGCAGUGUUGUGCAACAUUCGAGCGUCUGCUGCCCCGAGAACAACAAAGCUUGUGAGUAGUCGUUUUUUUUUUAUCAGUUCUGGCUCUAACUCAACUUUUUCUUCAGUGGGACUCCAAACCAACGGCCGUGCCUCUCGCUGCGCCCUUCCAAAAGAGCGUGGACCGUGCGACAAGUACGAGCUCCGCUUCUACUUCAAUGCCGAUCUCAACGAGUGCAAGUACUUCUUCUGGGGCGGAUGCGAAGGAAAUCUCAACAAUUUCGAGCGUGUCGAGGAGUGCGAGAGCGCUUGCGGAGUCCAGAGAACCGGCGAACCGCCACGUGUGACCAACAAGCCAAACACGGAGAUCCGAACGACGCAGGGAAUUCGAAUCACGCCGAACGCAGGAAGAUUGAACUGGCAGGAGCAGGAGGAGGAGGAGGAGGAGGCCGUGCAGACCACCACUCCGUUGGCUCCAACCACGAGAGUCGCCCAAACACAUAGAGCCCCAGUGCCAACUACCACUCGACCGGCUCCAACCACCACUACCCGAGCCGCCAGAGUCCAGACAACCACCACUGAAGCUCCGGAGAGUUCGGAAGAAGAGGUCGAGGAGGUCGUCGACGAGGACGGAGAGGAGCCAAAGGAGCAGCCGCUGCACGUGCAACCGCCCGUCUCCCAACAAAACUCUGUGCUCCUUGGAGGUAUCGAUGACACGACGACUGACUCGGGUUCGCUUUUCUAACGCUUCUCUUAGUUACCUAAUGAUUUUUUGAGUUGCCAAACAACAAACGCAAAUUUUUUGGUUUUUUGUUUUCUAUUUUUAAUCUAACUUUUGUGUGUUUCAAUCCUAAUCGUCAGCUAACCGAUUGCAGUGAACCGUUGCCUUCACCCACGCGACUCUGGAAACUGCCGCGGACAAUUCGUGCGGUGGUUCUUCGACGCCGAGAAGAAGAACUGCGACGUGUUCACCUACACCGGAUGCCAAGGAAACGGAAACAACUUUGCCAGCCGCGAGGAGUGUCUGGCCAUUUGCCACAAGCCAGGUACGCGCACGCGUAAAAUCACAUGCAAUUGCGUUUUUGCUGGAAUGUUUGUGAAGAAACAUAGAAAUGACUAAAAUCUUACUUGACAUGAGACUUCAGGCGGUCAGAGAAUACUAGAGAUCGGCCAAAAUAGUAGCGUUGCGUCGUGGUCCUUGAAAAAAAAAUGUGGCAAGGAGGUAAAAAAGACAGACUUCUAGGGUUGCAGAACAGGCGUCUGCUUUCGCCUUUUUUGCAAUAUCUCCACGUUAAAACCUGUUCUGCAACCCUACAGACUUUAUUUUAUCUUAUCGAUUUUUCUACAAACUUCAAAAUUUUGUGGUAAAUGUUAGUAUUCGGUUACUUUGCAACCACAUUUCUUUCCAGAACCAACCCCAUCCGCAACUCCGGACUUCACCCAAGUAUGCUCAAAUGACGUGGACGCCGGCGAGUGCAACGGAGUCUUCGAGCGGUUCGCCUUCGACUCGGAGACCGCCGACUGCCGCGCGUUCACCUACGGCGGCUGCGGCGGCAACGGAAACAACUUUGCCACGUUGCAAGAGUGCCGUUCGAGAUGUGUCCAGUCGUCGGCGGUCAAGCCGACCUCCUCGUGCGAUGCCGAAAUCGACGUGGGCGAGUGUGCGGGCGUGUUCGCCCGAUUCGCCUUCGACAAGUCGAUCAACAGCUGCCGCGCGUUCACCUACGGCGGAUGCGGCGGCAACGCCAACAACUUUGCCACGUUGCAAGAGUGCACGAACAAGUGCGUCAAUCGGGGAGUGUGCCCGGAGACGCCCGCGUGCGAUCUGCCACGUUGCCAACUCGUCAACGACCGAUCCGGAUGUCCGUUCUGCUCGUGUCCGCCCGUCAAGACAGCCAACCCGCCCGGCACUCUCGCGCCGCCCAACUGCACCCCACUGGACAGAUCCACGUGUCGCGAGCCCUGCAUGAUGUUCCACAACCGACAGGGAUGCGAGGAGUGCGUCUGCCCGCAGACGGCUCCAGUUCCACCGUCGCCGACUCGUCAGCCCUCUGGAUCUGUUGGACGUGGUCAGCCACCAGCCUCUUCUUCUUCUUCUUCUUCUACCACUUCUGGAAUUAGAGUAAUCGAGGUUGGACCACCGGCUCCACGAACCACCGAGGCAGCUCCACCUGCACCGAGACAAUGUAAGUUGGAAACUCGGCAACUUCAAGGUUUCCCGUAACUUUUAGCGACUUUUGCGCAACUUGUCAGCAUAAGUUGCGUAAAUUUUGCGAAAAAGUUGCAGACCAUCCAAAGCAUCCAAACCAUUUGCAGUCGCUGUCAACACCCUCCGCGAGCAGCAGCCACGUCCAACCGAGGGACUCCCGCGCACCCUGGCCGCGCAGAUCGAGGAGAAGUGCAUGCAGCCGGUCGAGCCGGGACCGUGCAAGAACUUUGCCGAUCGCUGGUACUUCAACGUCGACGACGGCACGUGCCAUCCGUUCAAGUACGGCGGAUGCGCCGGAAACCGCAACCACUUCUUCACGCAAAAGGAGUGCGAGGUUCAUUGCGCCCGUUUCUUGAGUGAGUUUGAAUGAUUUUGUCGGCGAAACUCUGAAAUUUGUAUGCUUCUUUCACACAUCUUGCACGCUCCCACAUUCACACUUCAGGCGGCCAGCAUGACGUCUCCUCGUCCUCAACUGCACCACUCGCCCCGCAUGUUAACUCACCCACUUCUUCUUCUUCUUCCGAAGCUCCAGAAGUUGUUGAAGAAGAAAUCGUGGCUUUCCCUGCUCCGAAGCUCCAUCACCGGCAGUUUUCCGCUCCAACCCAUGCGGUCCAGUCGCCGAUCGGGUACGGCAGCGACAAGAUCGACUCGUACUCGCCGCCCACGCCGAAUAACAACCUUGUCGGACUGAGUCCGCCCGUCCAUCCGACCUAUUUCACCUACAACGGACAGGAUCAAGGCCAGCGUCGACUGUUCUCGGCGAGCCAGCGGAACUUUGAGAAUCGUGUCGAGUCACCGGUGGUCCCUCCUCAGCAGCUGAAGCCGUUCAAUGAAGCAGUCGGAAAACCCUUGGAGCCGCUCCCAGUGCCUUUUAUUCAACGCCGUUUUGACGGGAGACAACGUUUCGAGACGCCGUCGACGACAUCGGGAGACGUGGUGACUUCGCCUUCUGCUCCGGCCUCCUCCAGCGUCACACCGCCACGUCAGUUCGCUUCCACAACCACCACUUCGAGGGGAGUGGCUCCAGAAUUGCCGCAAUCUCGCUUCCAUCCACGGACUCAUACUUCUGAGCCAGUUGAGCUCGGUCCAAUCACUCCUGAAUCGUUCGCAAGAGUCCAAACUCAUCGAGAAGUGAACGCCGUAACUCCAGAAUCUUCUGGAAGACGAACACCUCGACCGAUGUCCUCUUUCCAACCGACGCAUUCCUCCGCGACAACUGAGUCUUCCAAGUUCCCUCAUCGCUUCGUGGCCACCACCACGACCACCAAUACUCCGUGGUAUCAAACGACUUCGACUCCUUGGUGGCUCAGAUCCCCAUCUCCAUCACCUACCCAAUCGGCACCGAUCCUUCAAAAGAAGCGCCCAGAGCUCAAGAUCGAGAAGCUCGAUAAGGCUCAAGGGCCGCCAAGAUUCAACUUUGAUCCGGCACGCUACACGUUCUACAACGGCGACUACUACGGACCGACGAUUCCUGGAAUCCGUGUCAAUCAGACCGGCCUAUCCGAGGCCGAGAAGAAGGAGGCGCAGGAGGCGUUCGAGCAGUUCAAGGAGCUUUCGAAGGGCUUUCAAGAGCAGGCAAACAAGUUUUUGGAGCAGGAGAGGGCUCAGGGAAGAACUCCGCAACGGGGAUCCUUCAUUAUUGGGUCUGUGAGGACUGGAAGUGAUGGUAAGUUUUGAGCAGAUGCACUCUAACACAAACAAACAAUAAACCAACAAACUUCUACGCAUGAUUCUUCACACAUUCAGUUUGUUUUGUUCAGGCAUUCACGAUGAUUCGGAAGAAUUGGCCGAAGAUGUGCCACCACGCCGCCAAGGCCUUCGGGCUCACGGUGUGCCCAUCCAGCCGACUGUGCCACUUGUCGUGCCCACCUACGCCGCACCAACCGCCGCCGUUCGUGGUCCCAAUGGUAAGAUUGAGGAAGAGGAAGGCCUGGAGCACAUUGGAGCGCACGAGGAGCCACACCCACCCGCACCGUCCACCACCAUCGUGCCACGAUUGCCAUCGGCACGCAUCCAAGGUUUCCAAGUCACUCGCCCGACCACCACCACCGCCACCACCACGAGACGCACUACCACCACAACCCAGGCCACUACCACUACCACCGAAUCGUCGGCUGCUCCAGAAGUUUUUCAGGAGGUGGAGGAGACCAGAGAGCCUGUGAUCAAGGAGGUUCAGGAGGAGAAGGCGGCCGGAAAUGCGCAAAUUGUCGAUUUGGAGAAGUUUAAUGUGGUACAACCGCCACGGGCUCAGGAGCCGCCGCAGGACUUUGAUCGAGAAAUGCUCGGAAGUGGAGAGGGGUCCGGAUCCGAGUUUGAGGAGGCGUCCGAGGAGAAGGAUGAAGAGGUCAACGAGCAGGAGCCAGAACUCAAAGCUGAGGUUCUAGUGAGCACCACCACUGGCGAGGUUCCAACCACCACCACCACCCAGGAGCCCACCACCACCACCACCACCGAAGUUCCUGUCACCACAACCGUUGAGGAGGAGGUUACCACCACGACCCCACUGAAGAAGAUUCAGAUUAGACCAAGAGUCCACAGCACCACCACCACGGCCCCCACCACAACCACAACCACAGAGGAAAUCACCACCAAAACCACCUCUUCUUUCCCCCACUCGCAACAACAUCCUGAGAUGAUCACCUCGUCGGAGAGCGGCGAAAUCGUGUCCGAUUUUGCGUUCAACUCGGACGAAGAGCACGAUGAGAACACGGAAAUUGUUGAGACUACAGAGCCGGUGAGAGCUGCCGCGUCGAAGACGUUGGAGGCGGCGAAGGCCGUCGAGACGCUGAAGCCGCAUAAGGAAGUGGAAGAGGAGCCGGAGAAGGAGCAGCACGUCGAGAAUGGAAUCAGCAGAAAGAUGGAGAGCAUCAAUAUGUUCGAAGUUCCAGGUGAGUCGGUUGUUUGUGACUCUUUUUCUACGAUUUUUAAUUUCAGAAAUUCCAACUACAACUACUCAAGCUCCAACUCAAGCACCUACGACCGCCACUACGAUCGUGGAAACCGUCGGAACCACCCCGCAACCCCAUUUUGAGCCUAAGUUCGACGGGAGAAUCGUGUGCGCCUUGCCUCCGGACGCCGGUGUCUGCGCCAACUACACGCCUCGCUGGUUCUUCAAUUCUCAGACCGGGCAGUGCGAGCAGUUCGCCUACGGAUCGUGCGGCGGAAACGAGAACAACUUCUUCGACCGAAGCACUUGCGAGCGAAAAUGCAUGCCACGUAAGCUCCGGGAGAUUAGGAAUUCAUGCAUAGACAAUGUAUGUAUACUUGCAGAUCAUGUCAUCCUGGCCCAGGUUCCGGAGCGUUGCUCGUUCGAGAAGGACGCCGGCAGUGGAAAGGGCUACAACGUGAAGUGGUACUUCAACAUGAAGAACUUGCGAUGCGAGCAGUUUGUGUUCGAGGGACUUGGCGGCAACACAAAUCAGUUUGAGACGCUCUCCGAGUGCGAGCGCAUCUGUACGCCGGCCGGACCAAAGACGCCAACUCUGCCGCCAGUUGCUGAGUCGAAGCAAGAUGAGGAGGAGCAAGAGCCAGAGGAGCCAGAGCCAGAACAGCCAGAACAGCCAGAGCCCGAGCAACCGUUGCCAGAGCUCCCGACACUUCAAGAGCUCCCACGUGUGGCCCCAGUUGCUCCAAUCGCUCCAGCCCUAGCCACCACCACCGCCACCACUUCGCCGUUCAACGCUGAGAGCUCGGAUGAGGAGUACGAGGAUGCCGACCCAAUCAUUCUUCCCGAGCCGGGACUUCCACCACAACCCGCCAGUUUUGGGCUGGUCGAUGAGAACGUCGAGUUGAGACUUCCGGAGGUGGCGCAGACUGUCCGACCGACAACUACUGUUGCUUCGGUUGUGGUUCCAUUGGUCCCAGUGGUUUCAGUGGCUCCAGACCACCAACCAAGCUCUCCAGUGGCUCCACAGACCACUGGUGCAACGACUCAGGCUCCAACUCAAGCCCCAAUUGGUCCAAUCGUCCCAAUCGCCCCACAAGUCCAUCAAAUCCCACUGCUCUCUCUGGAGCCAGAAGCACCGACUGUGCAGGACGCAACCCCACUGCCACCUGCCGUCGAGCCACGUCCACCAGCCGCCCACGCAGCCAAGACGGUCAUCACCACCGAAGAAGUGGCGCUGGAGAAGAAGGGAACGUACAAGGCAGAGCCGGUGCUCGGACGCGAGCACAUUCCGACCGCCAACGACGGACAGCCACUUGUGGGCGCCUCGCCGAAGGAGACGGUCAACUACCAGACUGGAGAGGUCAAGACACCGAAGGCAUCCGGCAUCAGAAACUUUGACGGAAGCCAGGACUCGAAGAUCAGCGUUGACGUCUUCAACAAGGCUGGACCGACGACCUCGAUCAACGGAAUGCCAGCGUGUGCCAAUGGAAGAACGGAAGUGAGAUACUCGGACGGACGGCCGGUCAUGUGCCUGCCGGGCAAGAAUCAGUGUCCCGACGGAUCCGCGUGCUUCUUCAACGGCAUCGACUUCUUCUGCUGCCCAGAAGAGGAGGAUCCGUAUGAUAAGCACGCGUUCGGCGGAUACGGAGGCGACGAGGCUAAGAAUGGGUACAAAGUGUUCGGAGCACUGAACAUCAGAAGACUCAUGGACGAGGUGCCGCUCCGGCAGAAGCGUCAGUCGCAGUCGAACGUCAACUUCAACAUUGAUUCGGUCGUCGCUCCACUGAGAUUCGAUGCCGAGAAGCCGAGAACCGUUUCCCGUGCUCUUAGAAUGAAGACAGCCCCAGCGGUGCCACGUCAUGGAGCCAAUCCACUGUGCAUUCAGCCGGUCGUCAAGGGAUCCUGCGAAGAAGCCCAUCUCAGAUACUACUACGAUCGGGUCACCGAUUCGUGCCGCCUCUUCGAGUAUUCCGGAUGCGACGGAAACGCGAACAACUUUGGAUCUCUUGAGGACUGCCAGAGAUUGUGUGUGCUCAAUGUUAAAAGUAAGUUUGAGAAAACGAGAGAACAAAACCAUUGAAUACCCGGUUGCAGGCAUCAAAAAUGGUCAAAUCGCCACCAGCACGCUGGCCCCAGUUGCUGCAGAAGAAGACGAGAAGCUUCAGCCAGGACAGUGUCCCGGAGGACGUGCCCCGCUCGGAGGAUCUUCGCCGGUUCUUUGCGGAAACUCUACCGAGUCGAUCGGAUGCCCGACUUCGUACUACUGCCGUCGUGGACCUCCAGAUGUCUGCUGCCCGGGAACUGACCCGAAAUUGAGUAAGUCAAUCAAAUCGUUUUCUCAACCCAAUUUCUUUUGUUCUCUAGUGCAACCCGAAGAGAUUGUCAAGGAAGCCGGACGUGGAGUGGUCAAGAACGAGUCCCAUAUGCCACGUGGGUUCAACCGUCAAAUCUUCCUCUCUACGCCCAAGUACAUGUGCCCCGACGCGGCGGAUCCGCUGAUGCUCGAGAACGGAGAGCCGAUGCUGUGCGGAUCCGGGUUCGACGGAGUCAAAAUGUGCCCCAAAGGAUACUACUGUGCCAUCGAUGCGGCCAGAAACUGUACGUCCCACUCUUGUUCUCCUGUAUAAUAUCAUUAUAAUUUUUAUAAUUUCAGCGCGUCUGUGCUGUCCUCUGUACGGUGACGCCCAACGCAUCGCUUCCGAGGAGAUCUUCGCGCCGAGACUCGCUUCCAACACCGAAUCCACGACGACGGCCCUAUUUGAAGUAAUUGAAGUGGCGGAUUCGGAUGAGGACGAGACGGACGAGGAGGACGAGGACUUUGUGGCCCAUCUGAGAAUGAAGCCCCAGCAGCCGAUGGGUAUCGUCGAGAAGCUCGCGCAGACUUCUUCGGAUGCCGAGCAGAAGGAAGACGGAGGAGUGUCGAUUGAUUUGGGCGGAGUCGAGGAAUCCGAGUUGGAGGAGGCGACAACAGCGAAAGCGAUGAGUGUACAGGACAAGAGUGUAUGUCAGAUCAAGCCGUCUGAAGGUGAGCAAUCGGAUUUUACAACAUUGCGCAAUUUCUAGUUUUGACAGUGAUUACCUGAAUUUCGAGUCUGUUUUCGGUGAUUUUUAAGUUUUAGUCGUCUGUUUUCGCAAGAUCUUGGCUCCAAACUCAACCUUUUACAGGCCACGUGUGCAACGAGAACGAAACGGCGACGCGCACAAACCUGCAGUACUUCUACUCGCCACGCGAUAACCGCUGCAAACUGUUCUUCUUCCGCGGAUGCGGCGGAAACCUGAACCGUUUCGAAAAGAAGUCCGACUGUGAAGCACUUUGCCUUUAA